AGCAUCGCCACUACCGAGGAGUGGCACGCCCUGCUGGCUGACGCGGCUGCAAAGAACCAGGCUGUGGUCGUCGACUUCACGGCGUCGUGGUGCGGGCCGUGCAAGAUGAUUGCGCCCACAUUCGAGGCCCUCGCCGUCAAGUACCCGCAUGUGUGCUUUGUCAAGAUCGACCGUGGCCGACAUCAGGAU